AAAUAUCCCAAGCUCCUAACACCCCUUAUUUAUUCCGACCUACAGAUCUACCAUUUCUCAGCAAAAUCCAACUGUUGGGUUUUGUUGUGAAGAUCAUAGAUACCAGAUAUGGAUGCCUUCUCUUCCUCCUUUCUGUCUACGUUUCCCACUCAAAGGAUAUCAAUCUCUCCUGCCAUAACAUCCCCCAGGCUCAGCAGCAUUUCUGCUGUCAGAAUUGAAGAAAGACCCAUCUCCCAACCACCAGCUUCAAGGCCGCCGCCGCCGCCGCCUCCGAAAAGCACUCCACAGCCUCCGCUAGAGGCGAAGACAGAUCGUGCACUUCAAAACAAUGCUUCAACUUUCACUGCGGCAAAACAACAAAGUUCUGCGCUACCCGCAGUGAUCUUCAACGCUCUGGACGACUUCAUCAACAACUUCAUAGACCCUCCAGUGAAACCCUCGGUGGACCCCAGGCACGUGCUCUCCUACAACUUUGCUCCGGUUGAGGAACUUCCGCCCACGGAGUGCGAGAUCAUACAGGGCUCCCUGCCGCCGUGCCUCGACGGAGCCUACAUUCGCAAUGGCCCGAACCCGCAGUACCUUCCGCGUGGGCCCUACCACCUGUUCGACGGGGACGGAAUGCUUCACUCCGUUAGGAUCUCUGGAGGCCGGGCGGUGCUCUGCAGCAGAUAUGUCAAGACCUACAAGUACACCGUUGAGCGCGACGCCGGCCACCCUAUUCUUCCCAACGUCUUCUCCGGCUUCAACGGCCUCACCGCUUCCGCUACACGUGGCGCUCUCUCCGCUGCCCGCGUCUUUACAGGCCAAUUCAAUCCUGCAAAUGGCAUUGGUCUUGCAAACACAAGUUUGGCCUUCUUCGGCGACCGACUUUACGCUCUCGGCGAGUCCGAUCUCCCGUACUCCCUCCGCCUGACGUCCGACGGAGACAUCGAGACUCUGGGACGCCAUGAUUUCGACGGCAAGCUCUCCAUGAGCAUGACAGCUCAUCCGAAGGUAGACCCAGAAACGGGGGAGGCAUUCGCCUUCCGCUAUGGCCCUAUACCGCCGUUUCUAACCUACUUCCGCUUCGACUCGAAUGGCGUGAAGCAGCCGGACGUGCCGAUAUUCUCCAUGGUCACUCCAUCGUUCCUCCAUGACUUUGCAAUCACAAAAAAAUAUGCCAUAUUUGCUGACAUACAAAUUGGGAUGAACCUUAUUGACAUGAUCACUAAAGGAGCCUCCCCUGUUGGUUUGGACCCUUCCAAAGUGCCGAGGAUCGGAGUCAUUCCGCGGUACGCGAAGGACGAGUCGGAGAUGAGGUGGUUUGAGGUGCCGGGUUUCAACAACGUACAUGCUAUCAAUGCAUGGGAUGAGGAGGAUGCUAUUGUGAUGGUGGCACCAAACGUUUUGUCAGCAGAACACACAAUGGAGAGAAUGGAGCUUGUUCAUUCUUUGGUUGAGAAGGUUCGGAUUGAUCUGAAGACGGGGAUUGUGACGAGGCAGCCGAUUUCAACUAGAAAUCUGGAUUUCGCCUUGAUCAAUCCGGCUUACUUGGGGAAGAAGAAUCAGUAUGUGUAUGCAGCUGUGGGUGAUCCCAUGCCUAAGAUAUCAGGAGUUGUGAAAUUGGAUGUGUCUAAUUCGGAGCACAAGGAGUCUAUUGUGGCCAGCAGGAUGUUUGGCCCGGGGUGCUACGGGGGCGAGCCGUUUUUCGUGGCCAGAGAGCCCGAGAAUCCGGAUGCGGAUGAGGACGACGGGUAUGUGGUGUCGUAUGUUCACGAUGAGAAGGCCGGGGAAUCGAAGUUCUUGGUGAUGGAUGCCAAGUCUCCUCAGCUUGACAUUGUGGCUGCUGUGAGGAUGCCCCGGCGGGUGCCUUAUGGCUUCCAUGGACUCUUUGUGAAGGAAAGUGAUCUCAACAAGUUGUAGUUUCAUAUGUCCCCACAUUGCAACAUAGUAAAAUGCUACACAAACAAUUAUAAAUAUGGAAUAUAUUGCACAUCGUUUACCAAAUACAAA